AUGUCGAAGACGUAUGAACUAAAUAAUGGAAUUCGAGUUACUCAGGAGCUUUUAGAUCACUGGAAUCAGUCCCUCUCUAAGAUGGAAUCCGCAGAGGACAUCCUAAAAUGGUCUCUUGCGACAUUUCCCCAUUUGUUUCAAACAACAGCAUUCGGUCUGACAGGCCUGGUAACUAUCGAUAUGCUUUCUAAGCUUCAAAAGGACACCAUUGUGCCUCUUAUUUUCAUUGACACGCUUCAUCAUUUCCCUCAAACGCUACAAUUACUGAAAGUGGUGGAAGACAAAUAUUACAAACCUAAAGGCAAAUCUAUCCAAGUUUUUCAACCUGAAGGGGCCUCCACUGAGGCCGAAUUCGCUGCCAAGUAUGGCGAUUUCCUUUGGGAAAAAGAAGAGGAUAAAUAUGACUUUUUAGUGAAAGUCGAGCCUGCUAGUCGCGCAUACAAGUCACUAGGAGUUACUGCAGUGCUAACAGGUCGUAGAAAGUCUCAAGGAGGCUCUCGCUCGAAUUUGCAAUUCGUUGAAAUCGACGAAAUAAAUGAGAUUAUUAAGAUUAAUCCACUGGCCAGCUGGGAUUUCCAACAGGUGAAACAAUACAUAGACACAAACGGCGUACCUUUCAAUGAACUAUUGAACUACGGCUAUAAGUCUGUUGGUGAUUACCACUCUACACAGCCUGUCGCCGAGGGUGAGGACGAAAGAGCUGGUCGCUGGAAGGACAAAGCCAAAACGGAGUGUGGAAUUCACGAAACGAGCAGAUUUGCAGAAUUUUUGAAGUCUUCAAAAUAA